AUGCUCUACCUCUCCCAUGCCCACAAGGCCUCGGCCACGCUCCAGUCGCUCGUCCUGCCCGACUUUCUCCCCUCGGGCCCCUCGCUCGCCGUCGUACACCACUCGUCGAUCGUCUUCCUCGCUCUGCCCCGCCAGGACAAACCGGCCCCGGCCCUAGCCCCAGCCCCAGCUGCAACCCAGCCGCUCCAACAGGUCGCAUCCGUCGAACUCAACGCCCGUAUCCUCGCAGUCAAGUCCAUCGCAGCUCCUGCACCCGCGUCGUCGCCGUCAGGGACACAAACACAAGCACAGCCAGGGUCAGCGCCGCGGCCACGCGCUGCAAGCCGCCUCUUGGUCCUCACCGACCACCACAACCCGCGCUUUGUCGUCCUCGCACACUCCGCACGCCCCGACCUCGGCGACAAUGCCAUCCUCACAGAGUCCACCCUCGUCCUCGACGAACCGGCACGCCCGCCCGCAGAGCUCGGCCUCGACCUCCUCGUAGAGCCUGCCUCGCUCCACGCACCGGGCGCCAGGUUCGCCGCCACACACACCCACAGCGGCCUCCUCAGGAUCCUCCCCAUUGCAACGGGCGGCAGCGACAAAAAGACGAGCGCCAGGAGGAGAUCCAGCGCGCUCCCCCUGCAGCACGGCAUCGAAACCGACGCCGACACCGCCGCCGUCACCGCCAUCGGCCCCGCCAACGACAUCGGCAGGCCCGACACCGCCAGAGCGUUUGGCGUCCGCCUGCCCCACCCCACCCUCAUCUCGUCGACCUUUUUGCACCCUCGCGCAGCCACCGACCCCGCCACCCUCGCCCUCCUCUCCCUCUCCAGCGUCCCCUCUCGCAACCCCGGCCUCGGUCAGCAGUGCCUCCCUGUCCUCUCGUUCCAUGCCGUCGACCAGGGCUUGCAGGAGCUCAAGCCCCUCCCCUGGGGCCCGCCGAGGCGCGCCCCCUCUGCCAUCGACCACAAGGCCGACGCACCUCCACGCCGCAGCAGCAUGCCCGGCUCCUACGCCGCCGACGAAGAGGACGACGGCGACCCGGACUAUGUCGAGGGCGCCGAGAGCAGCCGUCGCGCAGCCGCCGGGCGAGCAAAGAGCGCCAAGCGGCCCCAGCCAGAGAGCAAGGGUAAGGGCCGGGGCCCCUCGGCCAUGGGAGCCCACCUCGACGCCGCCGCCUUACAGAAGCGCGAGGAGCAGUGGGCAAAGGACCCGCUCACCCGCGCCCACGUCCCGCUGCCCUACACCGACGCCCUGGGCGCCCACCUGAUCCACGCGCUCCCCGCCUCGGCAGGAGGAGGCGUCAUCGUGUUUAGCGAGACCAGCAUCCUCGUCGUGCCUCCGCCGUCGUCUGGCUCGACGUCGGCCGACAUCGAUGCCCAUGACGGCAGCGCAGCGGCCUCGGUCCAGGCUCCCUCCGACAGCGGAUCGGCGGCGGGCAAGCGCCGAAAGGGCAGCAACGCCACCGAGAGCGCCCACAGCCGCAGGACCUCGGCCGCCGGCAGCACCGACGCACCGAGCAGCAGCGGCGGCGUGCCUGCUGCCACGCCCGACGCCCUUUCGACCAGCCCCACGGUGCCCAGCUCGCGCUCCAACGAAAACGGCAAGCGGCGCCGCUCGUCGGCCAUGGCGCCCGCCUCGUCGCCUCCGACGUCGCCGACCGCCACGCGCUCCUCGGCCGGCCGCAAGUCGGUCCACCUGCUCCGCACCUCGCUCCCCUUUCCCGUCCAGGUCUCGGCUGCCACCACGGUCGUCGAGGCCGAUGGCAGCAGCGUGGUCGUCGCCGACGACGGUGCGCCCGGAUCUGCAGCCUACCUCCACGUGCUCUUCGCCUGCAGCUCCGGCAGCCUCAAGCUGCUCAAAAUCAAGCUGGCAAAGGCAGCCUCGCAGGCCAGCGGCCAGUGGCGUCCUGUCGGCCUCUCGGUCCACCACCUCGGCAGCACCCCGCAGGCCACCGGACCCAACGCCCUGACGUACCUCGGCGAAGGCUUCGUCCACAUCAGCAGCACCACCGGCGACGCCGUCCUCUACCGCAUCGACCACGAGCCUUCCGAGGGCGCAGCCCCCUCUGCCAGACCUGGCCGGGCGGACGACGACGGCGGCGACGUCGAGAUGAUCACGCCGCCGACAUCGCCAACACACGCCCGCUCCCGCAUGCCGCCCCCGUCGAUGACCCCGUCGUCGCUCUCGGAUGCGGGCUCGCUGCCGUCGGCGGGUCGGCUGGUCGAGGUCCGCCGCUGGGACAACCUCGGCCCGAUUGUCGACUUCACCGUCGACGACGGCUCGGGACAGGACCCCGCCGGCGCCAGCAGCGCCCAGGCGCGCAUCAUCACCUGCAGCGGGUCGGGCCCCACGAGCAGCCUCCGCGUGGUCAAGACGGGCGUCGCCAUGGACGAGGUGGCCGAGCUCGACGGCCUUGCCGGCGCCUCGCGCGUCUGGACGCUCCACGCGGGCCGACGCGCUGCCAGGACGACGACGAUGCUGGCCGUCGCCCACGCGGCCGGCGUCCGCUUCCUCGAGUUCCAGGCGGACGGCUCCACUGCCGACAUCACCGCUGCCGUCAUCGGCGCCAGUGGCGCGAGCACGACCUCGUCCUCCGUCUCCGACGUCCUGGCCAUCUCGUCGCUGGAUGCGCGCUCAGCUGCGGGGGACGCAGGCGACCAAGCCGCUGCGACGACUACUCGCUUCGUCGUCGUCGACCGGGCCGGCAUCCGGCUGUACGCCCUGCAGAACGGCCAGGUCGCCAAGGUGAGCGAAUGGCUACCGACUACCGACGGCUCCGCGACGGCGAUCACCAACGCCGCGGUCAACGAGCAGGGUCAGGUGCUGGUGGGGCUCAAGGACCACAGCCUCGUCUACGUCGAGGCUGGCGGCGACGACCACGGCAUCCGCGAGGUCAGCCGCACCGCGCUGCAGAACGAGGUGGCCUGCAUGGACAUCAGCCCGCUCCAGCCUUCGCGGCCGGCGGCCCAUUGCGCCAUCGCCAUGUGGGGGUCGAUGUCGGCGCAGAUUCUGUCGCUGCCGGCGCUCAAGCCGGUCGGCCAGUCGGCGUUUGCGAGCGAGCGCCUGCCUUCGCUGCCCCGCUCCAUCGUCAUUCAUCGCUUCGGCGACGUUGCAGAGGAUACCCAGGGUACCCCCUCGUCCCCUGCCGGCCCGGCCUACCUCCUCAUCGGCCUUGGCGACGGCACGCUCCUCACCUACCGCCUCGGCCUGCCGGACGCCGACAGCUACAGCGACACGGUCGGCGUCUACGACCAAAAGGCCGUCAGCCUCGGCACGCGCGCGCUGCGCCUCGACAAGGUCCAGACGUCCGAGGGCCUGCUGGCCGUCUCGGUAGCGGGCGAGCGGCCGACGAUUGUGUUUGCCGACGCCAGGCGCUUCAGCUUCAGCGCGAUCAAGUACCGGGCGGUGCGCUCCACCGCCACCCUCUACGGCGGCGCAGGCCAACCGGCGCUCGGCGCCUUUGCCGUGGCCGAGGGCGUCCGGGUCGCCACCGUGGGCGCGCUGCAGAAGCUCGACAUCCGCACCGUUCCGCUCGGCUGCCACCAGCCGCUGGCCAUCGCCCCGCACCCGGCCGCCAAGGCAUUUGGUCUCGUCACGUGGACUUUCGUCCCUCAGGCCUCGGCGGCCGCUGCCGCCAUCGGCAGCCAGGCGCGCGGCGCCGUGCGGCUGCUCGACCAGUCGGACCUGGCGACGCUCGACGAGGUGCAGCUCGAGGCGUUUGAGCGACCCAACUGCGUCGACGUCGUGGCGCUCAAGGGCCGGCGCACCUACCUCGUCGUCGGCACCGGCUACGUGAGGCCCGACGCCAGCGAGACGACCAAGGGCCGGCUGAUCGGCUACGAGAUCGUCGAGGGCGGCGGCAGCGGCAGCUCCCGCGAGCGCCCCACCAAGAGCCGCCGCGCGCUCAGGCUGGCGUUCGAGGAAGAGGUGGGCGGCAACGUGUACGCCGUCGUGGGCAUCCAGGGCCGGAUUGCCGCCGCCAUCAACUCGCGCGUGGCCGUCUACGAGGCCAACGGCGCUGCGGCCGACCCCAGCGGCAAGGGCAAGGCCAGGAGCCAGGGCGGCGGCACCGGCGGCGGGCUCGACGCGCUGGUGCAGACGGGCGAGUGGGGCAGCGCGUUUGUGGCGUGCACGCUGUCGACGGCCGAGGACAAUCGGCUGCUGGUGGGCGACGCGCUGCGGUCGAUGAACAUCCUCGAGGUCGACACGGAGCGCGGCACCGUGUCCGAGGUGGCGCGCGACUGCGACCCGUUCUGGACGACGGCGACCGAGGUCGUCGACCGCGCCAGCCAGACGUUUAUCGGCGCCGACGUCGGCUUCAACCUGUACACGACGCAGCGCGUGCAGCUGGGCGACGACGAGCGGCGGCGGAUCAAGAAGAAGCGCGACGCCGAGCUCGAGAGCGGCCAGCGCAACAAGUCGCGCUGGAACGAGCGCAGCCUCGCCGACGGCUUUGCCCACGUCAUGCAGCGUCAGGCCGCCUGGCACUACGGCGACAUGAUCAACCGAUUCCGAAAGGGCGCGCUGACGUCGCCGUCGGGCAACACGGCGUCGAUUGUCACGCCGCGCCUCGUGUUUGCGACGGCGGCGGGCGCGAUUGGCGUCAUCUCGCAGCUCGACGAGCACGUCGGACCGGUGCUGAGCCAGCUGGAGCGCAACAUUAUCAGCGUCGUCGAGGCCUCGCCGUCGUUUUCGCCCGCCGCCAGCGGCGGUGUUGCAGCAUCGUCGGCCCGCCACCUGGGCAUCGUCGGUUCGAUCCCUUUCAGCGAGUACCGCACGCUGCGGACCGACCACCGCGUCCAGCCGCCCGCGGGCAUCGUCGACGGCGACGUGCUCCGCCUCUUUACCGACGGCCGCCUCGACGAUGGUGCGAAGAAGGCUGUGCUUGAUGGACCGGCUGGCGAGGCUGGGCGCAUCGACAAGAGGAACGAGGUGCAGCGCUGGUGCGAGGAGCUCGCGUUGCUUGGUUGA